AUUAUAAAAUAUUAUCAAUAGAUUUUUCUAGAUAUACCCCUAUUUUAUUCUUUUCAUAAUGAUGUUUGCAAUCUAAAAUUAUUAUUGCUAUUAUUUAUACAGUUCUAUUUUCUUAUGGUACCAAAUUACCAGUUUUUUCUUUAAUUUGAAAUUGAAAGUCAUAGAUCAGUGUUAUAAAUAAUGUUUUGUUGGGGUAAUGCAACCCAUCACGAAUUAUGCUUGGAUGAUUCUGAAGACAACGAUUUGGUUAUUAAACCUACACUAUCAAAAUGGAAAGAAAGUCACCACAUCAGGUGUAUAGCCGCAGGAGAGUUCUUUGCCUUAUACCUCACAAAACAGGGUCGAUUGUAUUCAUGUGGAAGUAAUGAGGUUGGUCAGCUAGGACGACAGACUUUAUUCUAUUCUAACGAGAAUAGAACACCUUGUCUUGUAGAGAAACUGAAGGAGCAUAAAAUUUUAUCAGUAGCUUGUGGGAUUCAACACUCUCUAGCACUCAACGAGUGGGGAAUCCCCUACAGCUGGGGCUGUAAUGGCAUGGGACAACUUGGCGUGGUCCAAACUGAUGCACAGUCACACAAUGUUCCUUGCAUCAUAAAAGAGCUUGCAACAAAAAAUGUGGUUCAAGUUGCAUGUGGUUCAUUCCAUUCCAUAGCUUUAACAAAUAGUGGCGAUCUCUAUUCAUGGGGAGCAAAUUCUUAUGGACAAUGUGGGUUAGGCAUUUUUACAAGCAAGGAAAUGAAACCACGACAAAUUACAUCACUGCUUGGUGUGCCCAUUGCAUUGAUAGCAUGUGGCAGUAAUCACACAUUUGUGUUAUCUAAGUCCGGUGCUGUUUUUGGCUGGGGGAAAAAUUCACACGGGCAAUUAGGGUUACAGAAUACAGAAAAUAGAUGUUAUCCAACACAUCUGAAGACAUUAAGGAAUGUUAAAGUAUGUCAUAUUGCCUGUGGCGAAGACUUUACAGUUUUUCUUACAUUGGAUGGUGGUGUUUUCACAUGUGGUAGUGGGGACCAUGGACAGACAGGUCAUGGAACAGCAAGAGAUGAAUUAGUACCAAAACAGGUCAUGGAAUUGAUGGGCAGCACCGUGACACAAGUGGUAUGCGGGCGGCGCCACCUGUUGUGCCGCGUCGGAGAACGAAUCCUGGCCUGCGGUUACGGCGCGCGGGGCCAACUCGGCUGCCGGCAAGUCUCUGCUCUCGUACCCACGCCUGUAUCCUUCGUGCCCAGUGACGAUUCGCCCCCGAAGAAGAAACAGAAGGUGGAGGUGUCUACGACAUAUGUUCGGCACAGCGGUGCGGGUGCUUCAAAACGAAAUUUCUCUCCAGAGGUAUUCAGUGGUCCCAUGAAAGUGUUCGCGGGUGGUGACCACAGUUUCCUCGUCACAAAUUGCGACAAUUCAGAAUUGCAACCAAUCCUCACGCUGAAUCUAUCAAAACUUCAUGUUUGCGAAGCUAUAAAAGACGACGAAGUUGUCAACCAAGAUUUGAUGGCCUACUUGGAGACAGUGUUCGGUUCGUUGGCCUGCCUGAACGGCUCGUUUCUGCUGCCCAACAAUGCGCACUUCGGAUGCAACAAGAAAGUUCCUGGCGUUGAUUUAAACGUCGUGGAACAAGCCUUCACAACAAUUAGCAGAUUCGAAAACACUUCCAUAAAGGAAUUGGUAUUCAACCAGCUCACAGAGAAUAUAAUAAAGAAAAUGGCGACAUCCCCACCAGAUGUGGAAGCACUCAGAAUGUUUCUCAUAAUCCCUCUAUACCACGAGAUGAGGAAUCCACGGCGACAUCCUGAAUUGCAGGGUCCAUUCGCAGAAGCGUUUAACAAUUUGUCGGCAGUACCACAGAAGAUAGUACAACAGUGGUGGGAAGAGCAGUCUACUGAGUACUUUGAAAUGCUUGUUGACAUAUUCAUAAGUGUUAUCACUUACGAGCUCAUACAACCAUCUGUGCGACUCAACAAGAAGUUAAUGUUUAAACACAGCAUUGUUCAAAUAUUAGACGCACUGUCGUUUUUAAAUGCAAUUAAUUUCACCAAUCCAAAGAAACCUAAAAUAGCUGCGGAGGCUUUCUACAUAGAAGACCUUUGUAAUUACGUGGAUAUCGCAAGAGAUUAUAUGCAUUGGCAUGCAAGUAAAAAUUCAUUCGAACCUCAUAUGUGUCACUACCCGUUUCUAUAUGACGUUCAGUGCAAGUCGUUGCUGUUGAGGGUUGAUCAACAGCUGCAAAUGCAGACGGCCGUACAUAGAGCGGCUUCUGAGAUGUUUACUCGGCUAAUAUUCGACCGUACAUACGAUUAUCACUCAAGGGACCAGUUUCUGUACCUUACAGUGUCAAGAGAACAUAUAGUCCGAGACACUAUAUUACAAAUUUCAAGCCACGAAACUUCACAGCUCAAGAAACCUCUUAGAAUAUCAUUCCACGGUGAGGAAGCUGAGGACGCCGGUGGUGUUAAGAAGGAAUUCUUUCAGUUGUUACUAAAGGAGAUAUUCAACCCCGUAUAUGGAAUGUUCAAGCAGUCUGAGGAGACUAAUAUGAUUUGGUUCUCCAAUAAUCCGUUUGAGGAUGAUGCCAUGUAUCAAUUAAUUGGUUCAAUAUACGGCCUAGCUAUAUACAAUUCGAUAAUAAUUUACGUGCCAUUUCCGCUGGUGCUAUAUAAAAAAAUAUUGAAAGAGUCCACCAUGUUAGAUGACUUAACAGACUUGUAUCCAACACUCGCUAACAGUCUGAAGAGCUUAUUGGAUUAUCCUGAUAAUGAUGUUGAGGAGGUAUUCAGCUUAUGCUUCGCUGUGAACACCGAAGUGUUCGGCCAAAUCCAAAUACACCCUCUGAAAGAAGACGGUGAAAACAUACCGGUCACACACGAGAAUAAAGAGGAAUAUGUGGAGUUAUAUGUGGACUUCCUGCUCAAUAAAUCUGUACUUAAUCAAUUCAAAGCCUUUUAUCUAGGUUUCCAGAAGGUAUGUGGUGGCAGUAUAAUAAAAUUGUUCAGAUCUCACGAACUUAUGUCGGUAGUAAUUGGCAAUGAAGAAUACGACUGGGAUCUGUUUGAAAGUAACUGCGAAUACAAAAACGGAUAUUUUUCUAACGACCAGCAAAUUAAAUGGUUUUGGGAGGUGUUCCAUGAGCUGGCGAUUGAAGACAAGAAAAAGUUCCUAUUGUUUCUAACUGGCAGUGACCGCGUUCCUAUACAGGGGAUGCGUGAUAUCAAAAUAAGAAUCCAACCUGUAGCAGACGACAGGUACUUUCCUGUAGCCCACACAUGCUUCAAUUUAUUAGAUUUGCCCAGGUACAAAACAAAAGAAAGGCUCAAAUAUUAUUUAUUACAAGCUAUACAGCAAACACAGGGUUUCUCACUAGUCUGAAUCACGUAUCGUGUUAUCAAAACAAAUUAUGGAAGUAUUUCGACUGUCUAUACAAUCCACUUGCAUUUUGGACGUAUAUCCGCCCAAUACAAAGACUGAAACCAUUCUAAGUGACGGACUGACUUUUUGCGCACUGGUUUUGUUCAUCUCUGAAGCUCAUUUUUUAGAAUUUAGUAUAAAUUGAUAACAAUAAUGUGUGAUUCUAAAUAAUUGUGAUAUAACCUAAUAAUUGCUAAUUUUACUCUUAUUUAAGCCAUUGGUAGGUAAAUUUAUCUGAAUAUAUUUUAAAUCGUAUAUUCUCAAGUAAACGCAAUUUAACUCUUUUGUAAUUUAUAUUCAUUGUUUGGCGCUAUGUGUAUUACAAUAUUUAGUACACCAAUUUUUAUACAUUUAAAUAAGUAUUAAACGAUGUGUUGGUAAUUGGCAUUGAUAUAACUGCAAAUAUCAGUCUAUUUAAUAGAUUCCUUAUUUUCUUUGAAAGAAAAAUAAAAAUGUAUUGGAUAUUGUUUAAAUUUGUAAUGAAUAUUGGCUUUAAUAUAUAUCUUAAUCAUAUAUUGUUUUGUGUAAUGGUGAUUAUUAGCAAAUAUUCAAUAUUUAAUUAUUUGUAUAUUUUGAAAUGCUAAUAGUAACAUAAAAUACUGAUUACUUGAUGAAAUAGAUUUACUAAUACUUAUGAUAAUUUUUAAAGAAAUAUAACAUUGCACUUUGUCAAUAUUUGGUGUGUUUCUGUAACGGGUUAUUAAAUAACAAGUGGAUUAACACGUAUAGACUAUACGCAUUGGCUUAUUAUUAUAUUGUUGUAUUACGAAUCUUUGGUAAUAAUCUCGUAUUUGUUGGUUACGAGGAACAAAAAUUAUAUUAGUCCACACUAUACAAAAAAUAACUUAUAAUAUUUAUUUGUAAUAUAAUUUUGUUAUAAUAACCAUUAGAUAGUGAUAACAAUAUUUUCUCUCAGUUUUUUCUAUUGUUUGACCGACUUAGUACCUUGUUCAAUUAUAUUAGGACUGAACAUUAAUUUAAUUCCUAGUACCUAUUAACUUUAUGGCUACAAUGGAAAAUAAGCUAAAUGGAAGUGAAUAAAGGAAACAUGAUUUCUUAGCACCUAUUACUGAUCUCUCUAUUUUCUUUAAACUGAUUGAAAUAUUUUUAUGUACAUACUAAAUUCAGUAACAAUCAUUAGUAGUCAUUAAUUCACUGAUAUUACUUGGGUAUCUUUAAUUAUAUGGUACACUAAUAGGCAUAUCAACCUUGUUAAAAUUUCUUCUGUGUUGCAUUAACGAAUUCUGUUAGUGCCUUAUCCAUUUAUUUGAGAAAAUUUUAUAAUAUGUAACAUUAAACUGAUUGUUUUAUUAUCCUCACACACUGAUGGAAUUGUGUGUGUUUGUAGAAAAUCUCGACAGGCUACGUACACAUAAUUUUGUAUAUAAUAUUAAUACUUUGUGAUAUUAACCGUUAUUAUGAGUAAUAAUGUAUGCUUUUUAUAGUCGAAACUGAUUUUAACGGCCCGAUUCUUCACAGUGUUUUCAAUGACCUAAAUGUAAUAAUGGGCCAUGAAAUGGUGACCGUGACUUUUUAAAGUUAAAUUUGAAUAAAGUUAGUAUUGUUUGAAACCUAAAUAGAAAUUUUGGCUAGCGUGUUAUUUCAUCUGAUAAAUUACUUAUGUUGUUAAUAUGUUUUCUUUAAUGUGAAACUGUUAAAGAUUUCAUCAUUGUUAAGUUUCAAAUUGUUUUAUUAUUCGCUUAGUUAAUUUAAAAUAACGGCGUUGUGAUUUCGUUUACUGGAAAUAAGCAUAAUGAUAAUGUUAUUAAGUGAUUUAGUACCGACCUAAUCUUGCCCUUUUCUAAAGAACUAGUAUAUUAUUAAUUUUAAACGGUUAUAACAAAUUAAUAUAAUUAUGUUUUAUGUCAACUGUAAAAUUUGUGACUAUCAGUUCAAUAUAUAAAGUGGUAUUAAAUUGUGUCACGUAGAUUUACUUUGUGUUGAAUCGGGUUUAAUAUUAUAGAAUUUGUUUGCCUAUCGGUUCUCAUUUUAGGCAUUUGUUAAAAUAUCACUUGAAAAUUAUUACUUAAUUGUGAUAUUUGUAUGUAUAAGUGUAUAACGAUGAAUACGUAGAUGUAAGGGAGCUAGUCCCAUAAAAUACUUGUUUCUGUGUAUUAUGAUAAAAAACGGUUUGUAGCUAUGCUAGGUCACUGUUGUCGUUUCCUAAAUUAUUUUGAGUGCACCGCCAGCUGUAAGGCUGCUGCACGUAUAUGUAUUGUAUGACAUUAAUAUAUUUUUUAUAUAAAA